CGCAGUCCAUUGGCCCGCUCCCGUCACGUGACAGGGGAGGUUACGCACGCAUCCCGCCGGAAGGCCGCGGCGGAGGAUCCCACGGACGGUGAGGUGGCGGGGCGGGGAGCAAGAAAAAGGACUCUGGUAGGUGCGAAGAAAAUCUCCGCCAGGCGAUGACCCGUGGAUGGGUCCCCCACCCUGGCAGCCGGGGGCGGCGGUGACCUCGAGCCCCGGCGCUGCCCCUUCCUAGUGGGGGCCAUGGGCUGGAGCCGCCGCCCGUGGCUGGGCUCCCCCCGCUGCACGACCCCGGCCCCUGACUGGAAGCAGGAGGUGCCCCGCAGGAUGCCCUGGGCCGCUCGGGAUCAGGGGCUGGUCAGCUUCACGGGCGUGGCCCUGCCAUGCACCCGCCAGCCGCCCCACGUGGCAUCACUGGCCCUCAAGCGCCGCCUGGACAAGGAGGAGCAGCGGCCCGGCCCGAAGCAGUUCCUGUCGGAGGAGAAGAUGGCGGCUCGGUUCAACACGCUGAGCCUGGAGAACGACCACGUCUACAGCGGCAACGGGCUGCCCGCCCGCGGCCCGGCGCCCGACCCUGCCUGGGCGCAGUGGGUGCAGGAUUACGCCCGCUGCCCGCAGCCGGAGCAGAGGCUGCCCCCGGCUGGAGGGAGCGAGGACGCCGGCGGGGCGGAGGCCGAGGGGGGCAGCGUGGUGCUGGAGGGGGAGUUCAGCAUGGCCGACUGCACCCCCCUCGGCCUGGCGGGGCCGGGCCCCCUGCAGUACCUGAGCCCCUCCGCCGAGCUGGUGCUGUGGACCCCGCCGGGGAGCCGGGUGCCCCACUCCAUCCGGACCCUCCUGCUGCCCCCCAGCCCCCUGGCGGCCCCCCCGCUGCUCCCCCUGGGCCAGGGGGCACGGCCGGAGGAGAUGGAGCUGUGAUGCCGGCCAGACGCCGGGUACGACUCCCCCCGGACAGACCCUGUCCCCCACGCUGCGAGCUUCCCCGCAGCAGUGCCCCCGCAAGACAAACUGCACUGGCUGUUGUGUCUCUCCCGCUGCCCGGGGGUCAAUAAAGGACAGAGCCCUGAG